AUGUCAUCCCGGAAGCCACAUUUGAGGGGUGUUUGGAGCUUUUUGAGCAAGAGGGGAGGGCUGGUCGGGGGUGGGUGGGAGGAGGGGGCGCAGGCAGCCGAGCGGGAGGCCAAGAUCGACCAGUGGCGGGCCAAGUGCAUCCAGGAGGUGGAGGAGAAGAACCGGGAACGAGAACUUAAGGCUGCUGCAGACAGUGUUUUGUCUGAAGUCAGGAAGAAACAAGCAGACACCAAGAGGAUGGUGGAUGUUCUGCGCGCGUUAGAGAAGCUUCGGGCGCUGAGAAAAGAGGCCGCUGCCAGGAAAGGUCUUUGUCCACCCCCCUCAGCAGACGAAGCAUUUGAAAGUCAGGUGGAGAGUCUCAAAACGUUGCUCAAAAAUCGCACAGAGCUGUAUGAAGCUGAGGAGAGAGCACUAAGGGUUAUGUUGGAGGGAGAACAGGAGGAAGAAAGGAAGAGAGAAAUGGAAAAGAAACAGAGGAAGGAAAGGGAAAAACUACUACAGCAGAAACUCGAAAUUGAGUCCAAGCUUUUUGGGAAUCCAGAUGAAUUUCCUCUAGCCCACCUCCUGCAGCCCUUCAGAGAGUAUUACUUGCAAGCUGAGCAUUCUGUAGCAGCUCUAAUCCAGAUCAGGCACGAAUGGGAUCAGUUCUUGGUGCCAGCUGACCACCCGGAAGGAAGCUGCAUCCCUCCAGGAUGGGUUCUUCCAAGUCUCCCCACAAAUGACACUUGGGCUACAGCUGUCAGAUAAUUUAGUAAUAAAUUAUUUUAACAUUAGAGGAAUGUUUCUUUGUAGUAACAUGUAAAUAUGAGAGGGUCUGAUGAGGAAGUCUCAUCCUCUGUUUCAGUAGCCAGGUACUGGAAUAUCUUG